GGCCCGGCCCCGCCGCCGCCGCCGCCGACUGGGACGGCGCUGAGCGGCGGGACGGCCCAGUCGGGCACGGCGCGGCACGGAGCGGAGCGGGGCGCUCUGCCGCUGAGCACCGCCCGGUAAGUCGGCCCCGGCCCCGGCCCCGGCCCCGCGCAGGGCCCCAGCGGCGCUGCCGGCGCGGGCAGGGGGAGCCCGGCCCCGGCCCCGGCCCCGGCCCCGGCCCCGGCCCGGCAGCCAGGUGCCAUCUCUGCCCACUGCAGCGCCACGUGCGGAGCCUCCUCCGCCGGGCGAGGGGAGAAGGAGCUUCCCGCCGCCGCCGCCGCCCGUGGUGCCGGCCCCGACGGCGCUGUGCGGCAGCCGCUGAUUUCUCUUCCUCUAAUUUUUUUUUUUUUUUUUUUUUUUGGCCUUUGGAGCCUCUUUUUGUCCCGCCGCCCCCUCGCCGAGAAGUCCGCGGGGAUGCCGUGGCGAGUCUGAGCGCCGUGCCGGCGGCACCGUGGGGUUUGGGCACGGCCGGGAGGCACGUGUGAACUGGCAGCGAUGGAUAAAUACGACGACCUGGGCCUGGAGGCCAGUAAGUUCAUUGAAGACCUCAACAUGUACGAAGCCUCCAAAGACGGCCUCUUUCGGGUGGACAGAGCCCCUGGCAACAACCCAGAGUUUGAGGAGACCAGGCGGGUUUUUGCCACUAAAAUGGCCAAAAUCCACCUGCAGCAGCAGCAGCAGCAACAGCAGCAAGAGGAGCUGCUCAUGGCUGCCUCGGGCUCCCUCAAUGGUGGGGCUGGUUUUGGUGCCCCACGGCCAAGCGUGCCAGGGCCCCGGGGUGGGCCACAGGGCAGCCGGGCCCAGGUGGGCGGCAGUGUGGCCAAGCCACCCCUGGCCUGCACCACGGCUGGCCCUGCUGGCCUCCCGCACUCCUCGGCUUUCCCUGGCCAGCCCCCAAACCCAGCCGGGUACAGCUGCGGGGAUAGCGUCCCGGGGCCACAUGGGUGCCAUGGAGCCACCUCCAGGCCCUUCCCACUCGCCUCCCUCGGGGACUGCCCUGCCCCGGGGGGCCCGACAGCACUCCGAGGCUGGGAUGGGGAUCCGGAUGGGUUUGUCAUGCCCAGACCCACCGCAGGGAAUUGGCGGCCAAACGUCCACCCUGGCGAUCAGCUGCCUCGGAGCCCCGCGAAAGCCCAUGGCGAGCCCCAGCUGCACCAGCACCGGUCUUUGGAUAGUGGCCGCAGGAGCUGGGAAAACGGGAGCGAAGGCCAGAGGAGCGGCCAGGGCCACGAGCACAAACCAGCAGGGCAGCGGUCCUCCUCCUUCUCACACGUGCGGAGCCCCCCGGCCUCCUCUGCUGGCUCUGAGGAGGCAGCACAGGCGGGUCUCCCGCAGCAGCGGUCGUCAUCCUUCUCGGCCCCAUCCACGCCACCUGCCCCGGGGUUUUCGGGCCUCUCUGACCCGCGUGGUCCGAGUGCCGGAGCGGAUAUCCCAGCCACAGACAAAAGCAGGGAUGGCAGCCAGCGGUGGUACCAUGACAGCCCUCCAUCCUUCUCUCCCGGCUUGGCUCCGACACCCAUGCCCCCGAGCGUGGACUAUCAGCAAGCCAGUGCUUGUCCCAGCGCUGCCAGCCACUUCGUCGCCCACGGGCAGAAUCACAGGCCCAACAGCAGCGGUGCAAACCCUGAGCAGAGCACCUCCAACAUAGCUUCACGUGGCCCGGUGACUUUGGAUGCUCCCAAGCUACCUUUCAGAGAGGGCCUAAGUGCUCUGCAGUCUGACUCUGGACACCAGGAAAACUCUGGCGUGACAAAAGUAAAAUUACCCUGCCAGACCCUCCUUCCACCAGAAGAGCAAGGGCCGUCUGCUGCUGAAUUAAAAUUAGAAGCACUCACCCAGCGUCUGGAGCAGGAGAUGGAUGCUCGUCCAAAGGCCGAUUACUUUGGAACCUGCGUGAAGUGCAACAAAGGUGUGUAUGGAGCCAACCAGGCUUGCCAGGCCAUGGGCAAUCUCUACCACGACGGCUGUUUCACCUGCGGAGCCUGCAGUCGGAAGCUGAGAGGAAAAGCCUUUUAUUUUGUCAAUGGAAAGGUGUUCUGUGAAGAAGAUUUUCUGUAUUCUGGUUUCCAGCAGUCAGCUGACAGGUGCUUCAUUUGUGGUCACUUGAUAAUGGACAUGAUCCUGCAGGCUCUAGGGAAAUCCUAUCAUCCAGGCUGUUUCCGGUGUGUCGUCUGCAACGAGUGUCUGGAUGGCGUGCCAUUCACUGUAGAUGCUGAAAACAAAAUCUACUGUGUCAGGGAUUACCACAAAGUUUUAGCUCCAAAAUGUGCAGCAUGUGGACUUCCCAUUCUGCCCUCUGAGGGUUCUGAUGAGACAAUUCGGGUUGUGUCUAUGGACAAGGAUUACCACGUGGAAUGUUACCACUGCGAGGACUGUGGGAUGGAACUCAAUGAUGAAGACGGGCAUCGCUGUUACCCACUAGAUGAACAUUUGCUUUGUCACUCCUGUCAUCUGAAACACAUAGAGGAUGGCACAACCCCAGCAGCUGCGUACCAGCAUCACUACUAGCCAGCGUGGCUGACUUCCAAAAGCCUGGACAGAAGACUUGUUACGUGAUCUCCCUCUCCUCACCCUCAGUUGAUGUUGUGUGCAUGUUUUUCUCCAGUCAACAGUUUUCCUGUAAAAGGAUAGAAGAGAUUUUUUGCUGGAUUCACAGAGUUUGUAUGCUUGUGAGUUCCAGCUGUAUCAAACUAUGUCUACUUGACCAAGAAUGUGGCACGUGAUCCAAACUGAUCAGUUUACUUUUACGUGCCUUUCUCUGCUCUCCAGAGGUUCCUUUUGGCUCAUUUUGAAAGAUUCUUCAGUAAAAGCACAACUUACUGUCGUGUCUAUGAACUCAGAUCAUGCUAUGCACAAUUAAAACGCCAGAGGCUGGCCUGCCUGCCCGCUGGGAACGUUCCUUCAGCCUGCUAAGCAUUUUCCGACAAGCACAUUUCAUCAAAUUCCCCUGAGGAUACCAACUUAUUAAUACCAGUUUUUAGGUAGUCUCUCUCUCUCCCUCUCUCUCUCUCUCUUUUUCUUUCUCUUUCUCUUUUUAAUUCUUUAGGAAACGAAAAGAAAGAGCUCUAUUCAGAAUAGCUUGCUCAGGCCUUCUGGUUAAUUCCUUGAACACUGAUACCAGUCUGGCUUUAUAAGGCACCAACUCUCCAAGCGCAAACCAGGCAUGCUGACUGGCAGCUGGAGGCUGACAUCCCAUUUCAGACAGAACAAAAAACUGGAACAAGCUAGGCUAAGCUACCGUGGUGACUUUGGGCCUGGGCUUGUGUGUCAGCAUAUGUGGGGGCCAGUCUGCUGUAUCGGAGUCUGAAUAGUGGAUUAUAUUUGGAAAGGCCUGGAUGCUGGAAGUGUGAACGCCGGGGUAAUCCAUCCCUGUUGUUGCUUGCAGAAAUCACUUUGGAAAAAAGCUCUCUGUACACAGACAUUUGCCUGAGCUUUUCCCAGUUUAUCCCCACAACUCAGUCCCCAGCCUGGCCACUCCUUUCCAGAGUGUUUACCCAACACAAAUCCAUUUCAUAACAGUGCUUAUUUAGAGUUCUGGGAACAAACUCGAGAUCAUGAUGAAGGCUUUGUUAUACAGGGAUUUAGAGCCCAGCUCCACAACCUGUACUCAAAUGAGUCCAGUCAUCGGUAUAAACAGAUUUGCUCACACGAACAAUAACAGCUUAUCUGAGCAAAGGGUUGGGGAGGCUGGCCCUUAUUUCCUAUUCUGUUGAGGAAAGCAGAAAGGUAGAUUAUUUCCCAUUUCGAACCCCCUUGCUUUAUAGUUGGAGAAAUCUCCCCCCCCACUAUGUGUUACAUAUAUGGUAGAUGUACCUGCAGUCUUUGUUCUGUACCAAUGCUAUGCAGACCCUCAUAUACAGAUACCAAGUUUUUAUUUAAGAAAAAGCUCUUAUUUUAAAGUCCCAGAUGCAAUAUGAGGACUUACCUGCCCUUCUCAGCAUGUGUUUUGUGGAAAACUAGUUAAAUGCGCUUGUGUCCAUGCUAAAAAUUUCAAUUCAGUUCUGAUGGAUAAUGGACUGAAUAACAUUCUUGAAGAUCUUUUUAGUGAGGAAACUAUGGUAAAUUAGUUGAGCAGUGGCAUUUACACACCAGAAAUGAGCAUAAGCUGAGUACCCACCAUGGUUCAACCAAACAUCUUUCCCUGUAGUAUGAAUGUAGCUGGGGAGAUGAUUGAACUUCAUACCAUGUAGUCAAAUUCCAUCUCAUGUACUCACAUGGAGUACCUUUAAUUCUCAAAGCAGUUCUUCAGGGCUGAAUGGUAGACCUGCGAUGUUAUUUACUGUGAAGUGGUAAAGUCUGGCGCACGCUUUAAGACUGGUGUGGGUAGCACUUCUCUAUACUCUCUCUUUUUUUUCACUUGGUGCUGCCAUUGCAGAACAGAAAGGGCCCUGUCAUACAAAGCACGCCCUGUGGGUUGCUUCACCCUCUCUCAGCUGGAACGGGGCCCAGGCUCAGCCUUGCUUUUUACAUCUGUCACGAUAAGGUAUUUUGACCCAAUAAGCAGUAGUUUGCCUUUUCCUUGCCAAGUGAACGGCAUUUCCAGCCACCUCAGCAAAGCUUUUGCCUUCUCCUUACCAGAAGUGCGAGGUGCAGCAAGCAGCCUGUCUCUUGUGGCACUAAUGAAUGUCGCAGCUGUCUGUUUUGUGUGGGGCAAGUUGCUAUGCUAAGACAUAAACAGAGGCACCAGCAUCUGCUUUAGAGUGGGUGGGCAAUAGUGGCCCACUAGCACCCUUCUGCCUGUGUCGGCUUGUCAUGACUGAAAUGCAGACAUCCUGCUUUGGCCUAGAACUGCUCAGGACUCCCAAGUUCAGUGGUUUUGGUGUGCAGUUUGGUCAGCACCCCCAAAUGUGUGAGCUCCCUAUAGCUUUUAAUUGGGCCUCCAUAUGAUGAAUAGCAAAAGGAUGGGAGCUGACACAGCAUAUAAUGGGUGCUAUAUCUAGGCAGCAUGAAUCAGGCGCAACAAAAUACACAGGGCUGACUGUGCAAGGCGCUGAGUGCACUCAUCUCAGCACGCCAUGUGAGUGAGGACCUAGUGCUUGUCUCCUGCAUCUGAUGCUAGGUCCAGGAGGGGUUUAAGACCUGACUGUGAUUUUAGGACUGUCUUAAGGUACCAAGGUGGGAAAUAACACCAGCUGAAUGUUACCUAGUAAAUAAUCCAGCUAAUCCUUGGCAGAUGGUUCCUCACUGAAAUUUCUGUGGCAGCAAAGGCGGCGCAUCGGAAUGAUAUGAAAGUGGCUUCUGGAAGUGAGCUUGAAUUGGUUGAAUUGCUUUUGCUAGCUCUUUGAGAGCACCCUGUAUGCAUGUGUGUUCUGGCCUCCAUUUGGGGGAUACUGGAAAACACUGACAGGGCUGAUACUCUUUUAAACAAGAUGAUCUCCGUUGCUUUAGGGCAAUGUCUAAUGUAGGAGCAACAACAGGGCUAAAGGAGAAAUGCUUUCGCAAGAAAUUACUCAUAAUAGUUUAUGAAUGCGCAUGGAAAACUUUCCAGUGACAUCCAAGUAAAGCAAAGCUUAAUCUCUAGAUACCAGCUUUUAACACUGGGAGUUUAAACUACUCUUUCACUCUUACAGACUCCCCCCAUCUGAAUAAGCAGGAAAGAAAGGGGAGGGGGAGGCUGAAAUUUUUCCUUUGUGGAAAGCCUCAGCUAGCCACUUUGCUCAGAGCUGUCUUGCAGGAGACUCCUUUGAAUCAGUGGAAAGUUUGGCCUUUGUCUUCACACAGUGUCUUAUUACUCCUAUCAGCCAUCCUGUAUUGCUCAGCACUGAGGGACUGAAGGGCUGUCCUACUUUCAGUUUUGAUGUCCUGGAUAAAUUAUUAAGGCAGUGUGAAUGCUCUCCUUUCGGUAUAUUUACUAAGAGCUAGAAAUGACAGUGUGGCGCUCUUGAAAAUGGAGUGUCUGAGUUCAUGGUUUUGAAGCUGAAGCAUAUACUGCUUUGCUCGCCUGUGUCUUGCCUUGCCUUUGUGUUUUAACUUGUACAGAUUUUAUCUUUGGGAGUUCGAAUUAAUUUAAGCUCAUUAUCCCUGUCCUUUGCAGACAGGUGGCACCUCAUCUGCUUUAAUAUCUGAUGUCUGUUUUCUGUCCCUAACUGACUAAUUCCCUGACAAAUGUGGAGGUGACUGUGAAGGGGAAAGUGCAAGGCUGCAAGUGAGCCUGCUCCCACUCCUCAGCACUGUGAAGUGUCAAGCCAGAGCCAGCCCUUCUCACGUUCAGCUUCAGCGACUUUGCUGGGCCUUCUGCCGUGGUCAUUUUAGCCAGAUAAAGGCUUAACUGGGCAAUUCAGAACAGUUUGUUCCAGUUUAAAGCCGCUUCUGCAGAAGAACUUCAGAAAAUGUGUCAAAUUCUGCCCAUCACCUGGCUUUUGCAGGUUGCUUUCUGCUGCUCGCAUGAACCUUGUUGUCCUUUAUUUAUUGAGAUAUGAAAAACUGUCAGCUGCUCUGAAAAGUUAGUCUAGUCUUUAACUCCUAAACCAGCUUGCUCUUUUGGGUUGUUUUAGGGUAAGGGAUGCUUGGAAGUCCUGCUGUGGUGGUCAUUAGUAACUCAUGUGCAAGUAGUUACUGAGCUGAGUCCCCUGAAACUUGCUUUCAGGAACCAGAGUUUAAUAGAUUUUUGGCUCAGAUCAUGCCAUUAAAUUUCUGUUGCUUAGAAUAUGGGAGUUCAUUUAAAUAGCAAUUUUUGCUUAAAAGCCAGAAGAAAAACUCCAGCUAUACAAGGAGCAGAUAUUUUUGUGUAUUUUCAAGUAUACGGAGUGCCUAGGGUCAAAACAUUUUCACAAAACUGCUUUGAUGUUAAACACAGAGAGUAGCUUUUUAAAACACCUAGGGGAGGACUGUUUGAUGAGCCAAGGGUCUUACGGCUCUUCAGUUUCUGAGUCAUUUGGGGGCUUUUAAAAUGUUUUCCCAAUCUUUCACUGUUUAAAUGAUUUUCGUCUGUAUUUUUUUACAAAGUGAAUAGCUCCUGGGUCUGGAAACUCUGGAGUUACAUCAGCAGUCAGGUUUGUUAUGGCAGACUUGAAAGGGGAAGCUGAACUGGUGAGAGCCUGUAUGCUUCAGGUUAGCUGUUUGAAAGAAAGGGAUCUCUUUGGCUGUCAAGAGAAGAGAGUAAAUAUUUUCCUGUACUUUUUCCUUGUGCUGCUUUUUAGCACUGGGCAAAUAUUUGGCAUCAGUGUUCAGUCAGUUUCAGUAUUUACUGUCUUUUGGGUCUGUUUGUAAUAGCUGGUGAGACGUCUGCCUCUCCCUCCCAUGAGUUCACAGCCCUGGGGGAGAAUUGGAGUCUCUUUCUUCUCAGUUUAAUGAAUUUAUUCCCUGUUUUGCACUUCUGCAUUUCCCUAGAAACUGUGUCACUAUUAUUUUAGCAACAGCAAAAGCGGAUCCUUGCUUAAAGAAAAAUUACAUGUACAUCUUCGCUUAAACAUGUUGACCUGAUCCUCCAAAUUACCUGAAUAACAGCCUGCUGUUGGUCAAUUUAACAGCAGUUUUUCCCUCUGGGAUUGCUCCUGUUGCUAAGAAAAUCACAUGAAGGACUCUCUGCAUUUCACUUCAAGUGCAUGAGCCGCCCCAUUGAAGCCAAUAAAGCUGUGCACAUAGACAAAAGUAAAUAUGUGCGUAAGCCAGUGCUGGAUCGAGAUCAGAGCUGGUUUUACUACAGACAGGAUAUACCUGGGGAUGAAUCUGCUGCAGUGUAGUAGUUGCUGUGGAAUCAUCACUAAAACGGACUAAUGACUUUUUGUUCCAUAAACAAAAUUAUGUGUUAAAACAGUGGGGGCACAUAGGAAAAGAACAAUAUGAUUGAAAAAAUACAGUGGUUUUAGGGCAAAGAUGGCAGGUGAUUGUAGAUGUGUGACACAUGCUGCGUGCUGCCUUCUCUGCCACUGAGAUGCUACUGUACUGACAAAGUAGUUUUAGAUGCAUUUUGUGAAUGAAAGUGAGAAAAAGCCACCCUUGGCUGACAGUGGUCUCGCUUUGUGGCUGUGAAACCCCUCUGAAGUCAGCACCCAUUGCCUGGGAAGAGACUUGGUCAAAUAUGUGUCCCUUCCCCCUUUUCUUCUAAGACCGAGUCACUGAGAGAAGACCAGAGGGACUUUGCUUCUCUCAUUGCAGAGCAUCUUGUACAUUCACUUUUCUGUUUCUGCAUCCUGCUGCUCGUCGGUCCUAGCUAUAUGGCGGUAUUGUGUGUACUUUAUGAAGCCGGUAGGGUAGGCGUCUUCCUGCGGUGAGCGGUGAGACCCAUCCCAGAGCCACUCACUGUGUUCAGAGAGAAGAAAAUUAAGGGUCCCUUAGCGAUAAAAACCCUCGCCCUGCUGUCUUAUGGGGCAGCCAGAAGUUCGCAUUGGCCUGCUAAGGCAAGACGAGAGACGGGAAGAAAUUACGCCCGUGUGAAUGUGUGUGAGGUAGAGUCGUGUGAAGGCAGAUGACGUGGAUGCCCCACAGCCCUGGUGUUGCCCGCGAUCCCAGUGCCCUGGUGAAUGGAUAACCGGGCUGCGCUUUGCAGGCAGUGCCGACGCUGACCCUUGGUCCCGGCGCAGCAGGUCUGCGCUACCCGGCCACGCGGGGACUCGGGCACACACGCACCCGCGCGAGCUGUGGCUUCUCGCAGCCAGAAAGCACCCCCAGAGCCUGGCUAACAAUACUCAGUGGUACUGAUUUUUAUUUGUUGUUUCCUUAAGAACUCGACUCUGGAAGAGAGUAUUUUAGCAUUUCUGCUGGUGUAACUAACCUUAGCCACAUGUGAAUACUUCUCCUGUGCUGUUAAAUAUUUAUAAAGAAUGAUGGCCUGUAGCAACGGCAAUGCACCUGGCCUGUUGUGAUUUCUGUGAUUAAAGACAAUGCAGUAAAGCGGU